AUGGAAGCGGUCAACGCGGCUGAGGCGGUGGAGCUACGGCUUGAUCAACUCAGCGCUGAGCAUGUGGACAUCAAACGCUGGAUAAACACCUCCCUCCAGGGACUACUAGCGGUGGAGGCAACGACGGCAGAGGGUGACACUGAGGUAGAGGCUGGCGUCAUGAAGCUUUUUAACCGAUUGCAAACCCACUUGCAGGAGGUCUCCGGGUCGGUGGAGGACACCAUUGCCCAGGCACUUGUGCGUCUACCGCGAACUGGGCUGGAAGUUGGACGAAUGGUCACGGAGGCGCAACAGCUGCAGUCGCAAUUACAGAGCAUGCAGGAGGUGGCGCAGUCGGCGGUGGAGGCGGCUGCGAAGCCCUAUGUAGCGCGGCUGAAUGCGUUGAAGAAAACGCAGGAGAAACUUGCUCGAUGCUCUGACACGCUUUGGAAAGCCACUCAGGUGGACAGUCACAUGAAACAACUUGAUGACGUCAUACAGCAACUGCGUAUAUCCCCAUCGGAGGUCGACAUGGAUGCGGUGGCGGAGUCCAUCAGUCAGGUUCAGGGCAAUCUUGCGGAGCUGCAGAAGUUGGACGUAACCUUUGGAGAAAAGCAGCUUGAGACUGUGGAACGGUAUGAGCAGGUUGUCCAGCACGCCGUUGAAGCGGAGUGUAUGGACAUGCUGCGACGGUGCGAAGUCGACCGCGCGGCCCAACUGCUUAAGGUUCUUGACACCAUUAGUCGUGCGGAUGCGGUACUGCAGCAGUACGCCGUGGAGAGCAUGGCUAGUGAAAAGGAACGGGUGGAGCGAAUGUUACUCGGAGGCGGCUCUGCAACCGCAAUGCCCCCUGCCCGUGCCGCGGAGUUGCUGAAGGGCCAGUUGAUGCCGUCCAUCGGGCAUACGCUCUCCGACCAGUUAGAUUAUGUGCUGCGCAUGGCUCAGAGCGAGGACCGCGCGACCGCGGACCCCCUGCAGACGGAAAAGCAUGCUGAGGCGCUGCAUGAAGUAGAGGUGCGUGCCGUAAAAGUGAUGCAACUAAUGGUGGAUGAGGUGGUUGGCAGCAUCGGUGGCGCGUUGGAGCCUAUUCUGGAGCGGGCGGAACGGAAUGAGGAAGUGAUGGCCUGCUGCGACGCGGUACGGCAGCUUGGGUUGCGAGAGGAUGUCGGCAUCCAUACGACUGGCGCUGAGUCGGCUAUCGGUUGUGGCGGCUCAUUGCAAGAAGAAAUUGUAAGGCAGAUUGCUACCUAUGCAUUUACAGAGCUGAUAGGAAUAUUUGGCAAGCCCAACAUACUGGAGGCGUUCGCGCAGCGUGAGGCUUGCCGCGUGGAGGCGCUGCUGGACGACCCAAAACAGGCGCUGCGGCGGGAACGUUUUCAGCUGGUGAUGGAUGCCAUGAUGGAUGGUGUUAAAAGUAUUGUGCGCUUCUUCCCAGAGAAGACGCUUCCGAUGUGUGUCGAGAAGUGGCGCGAAGCCAUCCUCAGAGUGAUUGCUGGCCUACGGCCGACGCCGGCGGCACCGCAGGGAAGCCUGCUUGCGAAUUUAUCAACCACCCGCUCCGUGGUGGGGCAGCUGCUUCAAGGCGCGUCAAGGAUGUCCUCGGAGUACCUUGUGUCAUCUGAGAUGCAGCAACUGUACCCAAGCUUGGCGGACGCCGUCAACGAACAGCUUCACACCCAGCUUUGGGCACCGCUGACAGAGGCCCUGGAAAGCUGCGCCGCGGAGUGCCAGAGGGCGGUGAAGCGCACAAUCAUAGAACCUGUUGUUGCUAAGGCUGACGGCUACGAGUUGCAGCUCUUCUGGAGCUCGAAACAAAACAGUGGAGAUCCCUUUUCGAGUGCUAUGCCGACUGUUUCCUACACACCCGCGCAGAUUGCGCCAAGCGAGCUGGUGCGGUCCCUUGGGGAAGCCAUUGUUGAAAUACCGCUGGCGUUGGAGGCGUUGCGCGGCAGCGGUGAUGGCGACUGUCGCCCCAACGGGAUCGAAGAUCUUUUGGAGGAGGUGGCGGGGGACUGGCUGGAGGACAUUGUGCGAGCAGCCGUGGCAGAGUUUAUUGAAAAUAAGGUUGGCAGCAUAACAAUUUACUUUCCCAGCGAUGCGCCAGGCGCGAUGAAGAAGGAGACCGCCGCCGUGGAGCAGUUGGCGACGGAUUUGAACUACCUAAAAAGUAUUCUAUCUGCGGUGAGCGGCGACCCUUUUGAUGGGUUGGAGCAGGCGCUGGCGAGGCUAAAAGCGGUGGCGCUUCCCUCGGGGAAACCCAUUGCAAUUCGCCCACUGCUUGCCAAAGACGCAUGA